AGCCCCUCUGUCCCCCUGAGGAAACAGAACACUCCCUCCACGCAGGACAUACCUAGUUCCCUGGCAGGCAAGGACUUCCAACUGAGGCAGUGUACAAGUGGUGGGGAGAGGCAGCCAGCACCUCUGGUCUAGGAAGUGUGUGGUUCCCUCCUCCCCUGUCUGGGAGGAUGGAGGGGAGGAAUUGAGGCCUUAGCUUGCCCCCUGUCAUUCUUCCCCCUUGUAGAUACUGCCUUAACACUCCCUCAACCCUCAGCUCUGGCUGCCACCCAGCCAGGUUUCUCCGUGCUCACUAAUUUAUUUCCAGGAAGGUGUGUGGAAGACAUGAGCCGUGUAUAAUAUUUUUUUUAACAUUUCCAUCGCAGUAUUGACCAUCAUCCUUGAUUGUGUAUCGUGUAACACAAAUAAUGAUAUUAAAGGCAUCAAACAAGUCAGCCUCAGCUCCCUACCUGGGGUGUGGGCCAGGGCCAGGUGGGCUGGAAAGGGGAGAAAACGGAUCCUCUGAAUGCACAUUUCACUCUACCUCCACUCAUGGGUUCCCAGGCCAAGCCUGCCACUGACCUGCUACAUCACCCCAUUGAGUCACUUGACCCCUUGGAACCUCCACUUAUCUUCAUCAAAGUGAGAAGGUUGGCCUCGAAGAUCUCCAGGGACCCUCUGAACUCUUGAAAAUUGGGUUCUUUUGAGAGACUUGAGGGAGGAAAAGGCUGGAGCAGGAAGAGAAUUGGACCUCCUCACUUCCUCAGGGCUGGGACUAAGCCAAGUGAUAUCAUAAUGGGCAGUGCCCAUCCUGGAGGGGGUAGCAGGGUGGGGUAGGAGCAGGAAAGCUGUGAGCGAGGGAAGUUGAGAGUUCCUCCAUAGAAGGGAAUCGCAGCAGCUAAGGGCACCUGCCGGGCUGGAGGUGUGGGCGAUCUGGAAGGGGGGGAAUCACUGAUGGUUUGCAGGAGCCCUUGGUAGGUAGAGCCCACCUGGGCAUUCCCUAGACCCCACUAUGUUCCUCUUCUCCCGAAAGACCAGGACCCCCAUCAGCACCUACACUGACUCCUACAGGGCUCCUAACUCCAUCAAGAAGGUCUAUAACGACCCACCUCUGUGGGCCUGGGAACCCAACAAGUUUGUGAGCCGGGGCCCGCCUAAGACUUUUCAGCGCCCUGUGGAUCAGGAAGCCCUAGAGAAGAUGGUUAAAUGUGCUGUGCGGGACUACACCUAUAAGAGUUCCAUACCAGGCCACCCCUACUUGCCUGAGAAAUACUGGCCUUCUCAAAAGGAAGCAGACAAAUGCAACCCCAGCUACCUGUGUAGUGACUGGGGUAACGCAUGGAGAAUGGGACCUUGCUGCUGCACUGGCUGGAACAAGUGUACCACAUGCCUUCCCCGGCUGCCUAAGGAAGCCGGGAUGGAGACAGCAGUUCGAGGAAUGCCCUUAGAGUACCCUCCUAAGCCGGAGCCACUCAAUGCCUAUGAGCGCGAGGUGGUGGUGAACAUGCUGAACUCGCUGUCACGUGUGCAACAACUGCCGUCCCGGGAGCCCCGGCCUGGGAGUGUAUCGCCCAGCGAGCACCGGCCCGGGAUGCAGUGUGCUGUUCUAACGCCCCUGCGGCCGUACUACCCUUAUGCGAACCUUAGGUGGGACACAAGUCACUUUAAGAAGACCGGUGGCUCCCAGAGAAACAGCUAUGUUGUCCACCCUGAGUUUUUGUCCGAGAGUUACCCUGGCUACUCCUACUGGUAGAGCGGGGACCAGGCCAAGGGGGCUGAGCAAUAAAUAAACUUUUCACCCCAUAGGCUGCCUUUGACAUUUCCACAUAUUCCCCUGCCUCCCGUGUCCUCAUCCAGCAAGAUCUGGCAAUGAGGAACCAGUUACCCAGGCCUCUGCCAAGUCCCCUACACUAAGAUGCAGUUUCUCAAAGUCAACCUGCCCUGAGCCCUCGCCACUCCCAUCACCUCAGCACUUCCCUUAGGUGACCCUAAGUGCCCUCCUGACACAUAAAAGUAGCCCUAGAUCAGUGGUUCUCAACCUUCCCAAUGCCGCGACCCUUUAAUACAGUUCCUCAUG